AUGGUCAUCACGACGAGCUCGACGGCAGCGACCGCGCAGCUGCAGGCGGAGCAGCAGAAGUGCGCCGAGCUCUCCGCCUCCGUGGGCGAGGCGCAGCAGCGGCUGCUGGAGUCCGGCGGCGGGGCCGCCCUGGCGGGCGCCAGGUCCGACGAGGCGUCAGCGGCUCAGCUGGCGGAGCUGCAGGAGAGCCUGCGGACCGCGGAGGAGAAGCUGCUGGAGUCGCAGUCCAUGCGGGACGCGUUCUCCCAGGAGACUGACAUGUACCGCUCGGAGCUGAAGGCGGCGCGGGAGGAGCUCGGCCGCCUUGAGGAGGAGCUCGCCCGCGAGCGGGAGCGGGCACGGGCGCCACAGCCCACGAAGGCCGCCGGGGCCGCGGCGGGCGCGCCGCAGAGCGUGGUCGAGGCCGUGCAGAAGGAGUUCGAGGGGCGCAUGGAGCGCUACCGCGACGAGGUGCAGUACCUGCGCCAGAAGUGCGACGAGAAGGAGAGAAAGUGCGAGCAGCUGCUUGCCGAGCGCGGGUCGCUGGUCGUCGAGCUCCGCAACGCCGGCGGCGGCACAGGCCUGCGCCCGGUCGCUCCCGCGCUGGCGGCGUCGCCCGAGGACCUGGAGAUGGGUGGCAAGGCGGCGGCCGGCGCCGGCGCGGGCCCUCAGCAGCGCCGGGCGGGACCGGCGGCCCUGCCGCUGGCGGCGCCGGCGUGGCUGCGGAGCAGCGACGAGCCGCUGCGGCUCGUGGUGCGGACGCUGUCGGCGCACCCCGAGGCGCGUCUGGUGUUCUUCGGCUACUUCUUGUUGUUGCAGCUCUGGGUGCUCUUCGUGAUGCAGCAGUGGGCCAUCCAGUGA